CUCACCUGUUCCAGGAUCUCUAUCUGAAUCGGCUCUGUGUAAAUUCACCAAUGCACCGACUCAGUGCAAAUACUCACCUUCUCAGUCUUCAUUUACUGCCUCUAAUAAUCAAAAAAGGACUAAUUGCCCACACCGUUCAGUGGUUAUGCUGAAGAAGAACUUGAACAUGCACAUUCAAAGGAAACACACAGACCACUCAAAAGAUAUAACAAUGCAAUCACAUCUGUCUAGUGUGUGUAUUGACCGAUCAAAUGGAGUGUCAGCUGUUCAGAGGAGUGGCCAUGGUUUUUCUGUACCAGUGCAUGUUCAAAAAAAGACUUUGGGCAAACAUCAUCAAGUUAGGUGUGAGUUACAAGAGUGCUGGCAAUACCAGCAGCUUGCUUACAGAAGUGGAAACACUUUUAGUCUAUGUAAACACCUCUGUUCACUGGACUAUUGUUGUGAUACAGUGUUUGAGGAGCUUUUGGAUUCUAGUGUUCUUGAUGAGAUGAUUAAGCUCAAAUUCUUUGGAGAAGCCAAGAAGGCAGUCUGUCUGAAGAGACAGAAAGUAGCACAGACAGUACAUGUUCCAUUUUCAGUGUUCGUUGCAUUGGGUGACUCUCAAAAGCAGAUUACUCUGUCUGUACAUGAGCCCAUGAUCCAUCACUUCAGUCGUCUUGGGAGAGUUAUGGUUACUUAUAAUUCAACUGCCAGAACUUGGCACUGCCCGUGUGCAAAGCCCCGGAUGUCCUGCCCUCACAGAAACAUUGCCAAAUGGCACUUGUUUCAAACAAAUAAAGAGUUAUUUGCAUCAGAGAAACCAUCUGAAGCAACUGACUCCUCAGUUCCACAGCUGUUGGAAGAUCUCACCUGUGCUCCCAAGUUUGACCUGCACCGCACUGUAAGGUAUAUUUACUCUAAGAAGAAAAUUCCAUCUACUCCUUCAAAAGAGGUAGCCAAACCAAAAUCAUCACAUGUGUUUCCAUCAAGUUUGUUUCCUGUGGAGAGCAGCUGUAUGGUGUAUGAUGGCAACAAAGCACUUGAAGCACCAGUAUUAACGACAAGAAAUUCCAAAAUUGCCACCAUGACUGGUGUCAUUAAUGCGGUUUCAAUUUAUACUCGAAGAUGCCCAGGAUGCCAUAUGAUCUACAGAUACCAAGAAUGGUCUGAUGGACUCCACAAUUUUAAUGACUACGUUCUCCUGAGUCUUGAACUCUGUCUAUAUCUUAGACAUAGUUUACAGAGUCACAUUUCCAUCUCCAGAGCCAUUGAUACUUUGGAGAGCCUUCGGGAAGUGAAAUACCCGAAUCGAGACACUGUACUCCAUGCUUACUGUCAUUUUGAGGCCUUGACAGACAUUGAUUACACUUAUUCUUGUGUAAACUGUGGGUACCACCCCCCUGUGGUAAUCAUGGAUUUGCAUAAGAAAGGUGUUUUCAGCAUGGCAGUGAGUGACCUCAAAGAGCCACCAUCAGAGUUCAAAGGGGAAGUGAACAUUGAGGAGUUUUGGCAAUCAGUGGAUCUGGAGAUGAUUGCACGUGGCUUUGUUUCCAGCCGAACAAAAAAUCCAUUUGUUAUGGAGCCAAGUUAUGAAAAGUGGGCUCCAUGGAUUGGAAAAAAUACAAGGAUUGGUAACACAGUACUCAACACGGAGUAUGAGAAAGUUGCCUGAAGCGCAGGUUCUCAGUGUGUCCGAGGAUCGUCUUGUGGAUGAGUUGAUGAAACAGAAGGUUGGCGUUGUCAGAAAGCUGUGUAAGGCCUGUAAUGUGGACUCCAAGGGAUCUCGCAUGGAUCUGAUAUUGAGAUUAAGAUCAGAGAUGCAAAACAGGCAGUCGUACAACAAAAUCUUUCAGAAAAUCUGGGGGGCAUCAGGUGAGAGAGACUGGUUUAGUAUGUUAAAUUUUCACUUGUUCUCAAAUUUUUUGUGUGUUUUUCAGGUGGGUGGUCCGUUGUCCUUUGCCCACAUGGUGUGGUCUACAGUUUAAAAUUUAAUUUGAGGGCAGAGAGUCCAAGGGAUUUUGUGGACCUAGUUUGUCAUGGCAACACAU